CCUUCGGCUGUUGUUGCGCCGCCGCCGCCGCCGCUGCUGGCGCUUCUGCUGCAGCUCACAACUUCCAGAGAGCCUCGUCUCCGGCACAACAAGUCCGCCCUCUGGUUCCCCCCGUACCGGCCGGGGGGAUGCUCGUCUCGCUCGCCUUCAAUGCGAUGUGAUAAAUGGGCCGCGCAGGAUGUGAAGCCCCGCAAGAAGAAGCAGGAGGAUGGCGAAACCGGGCUUGUCUGCCGCGGCGCUGCCGCUGCUCCUGCUGGGCUCCCUCCUCUCGGCGUCCUCCGUUAAAGCCGACGCUGCGCUGUCAGCUCCGCUCAAUGUGACCAUCAGAGAGCUGGAGGUCAACUCGGCUGUGGUGACGUGGGAGAUCUCGGAGGGAGAUCCCGUCAUCGGAUUCGCCAUCACGCAACAGAAGAAGGAUGUGCGGAUGUUGAGGUUCAUCCAGGAAGUGAACACCACCACCCGCUCCUGCGCGCUGUGGGACCUGGACGAGGAUACCGAAUACAUCGUCCACGUCCAGAGCAUCAGCAUGGGAGGCAGCAGCCCCCCCAGUCAGCCCGUUCUCUUCAGAACGCCAAAAGAGUCGGAGAAAAUGGCGUCCAAGAAUCCCGACGAGGUGACGAUGGAGGAGGUUGGUCAGGAUGCCCAGCUGAGGGCCGGAGAGCUCAUCAUCAUUGUUGUGGUGCUCGUCAUGUGGGCAGGGGUGAUCGCCUUGUUUUGUCGUCAGUAUGACAUCAUCAAAGACAACGAGCCCAACAACAACAAGGACAAAGCCAAGAACUCCUCAGAGUGCAGUACUCCUGAGCACCCACAAGGGGGGUUACUGCGCAGCAACGUCUAGGACCAACCUUCUGUCGCCUUCUGCAAUAACCAACCUAAGACCUCAGGACGGACCCUGAGACCAACAGAAAGCCAUUCUCAGAAAAAAGACAAAAAAAAUAUUGACGAACAGAUCAAACCAAUAAAGGAAUCUUCUUGAGACAACGGAGCGAGCGUGCAAAAUCAAAGGCUACAAGCAGCCGAACCGGAAACGGCGGACUGUCGCCUCCCUCCUGCCGAUACACGGCGGACUUUUGACCGGAGCUGCCCGAUUCAUAUGGUUUUGUUACUCUUCGUCGGUGGCAUGGAAUCCCCCCUGACCUCUCUACCCUGGGAGUGUUGAUUGUCGAAUGUGAACGUCAAACUCAACAUGUGGACGCCAGCUCCAAGGUGGCGGGAACUGGAGAUGGGCUGGUCCAGGUAUCAGCCAGCGCACAACUAUGACUAGAGUUCAUGUUUUCUGUCGGUCCAUCUGCUUUGGUUCCUUUCUGUCUUUGUUCCUGCUCAUCUCUCUCCUUGUCUCUCUGUGUUGGUGUGGCUCUAAUAAGCACAUUGCCAUUUGGUGCUCCUCUUACUGUGAUUGCUUCUUGAACUCCUCUACAGUCCCACCGCUGAUUGCAGUCUGAGUUUUCUCCUUGGGUCGCGAGUGUUGCAUGACGAGUGUCGUCUCCAGCUUUUCUCUCUCUCUCGUUACCGUCAGUUCAAAUGAUGCAUCCGUUCCUUCGCCUCACUAAACGGAACUUUAAACUCUCCCAUCAGCCCAGCAGAUCACAUUUGACAGGCUUAUUACCCUCCACCUAUAUUUUGCCGACGAGGUGAUGACUGAGUACGGCGAUGAUUCACAGAGAGUUCAAGGAUUGACAAGGAGUGAGUCACCCGUUUCUGACUUAUUGUCACUUUGGGUUGUAAAACUACCGGGCCCUGCGCGGCGUGCCAACGUUUAGAAAGACGCCGCAGCGGGUUUGGGUAUCGUCGUUCGUCGCUGCAUAUUCAGCACCAUAUGCCGUUUGUGGUCCGCAGCAGGACGAGCAGGGAAUGUGUAUCCUCUAAUGCGAUGUAGAAUGUGGCCGCGUUUUCCCGUGCGGUUUGGCCGAAGACCAACGGGGAUGCCAGGAAGUGAAGGCCGUAAGAGGACACACUCAGUCCUGCGCUGGACCCAGAUCUGUCAAUGAAUGCGAGGCUCUCAGAACUCCUGGUACACUCUCAGUAGGAGAACACAACAUGAAACAGGACAAAAAUCUGAUAUUCGGGAACUUCAUCCUUAAAACUGGGGUAUGUUUCUUUAUAUUUAAAAAAAUUACAUAUUUGUUAAAACUGUCACUAUGUCCUCAUAAAUGUCCUUAUACAUAUAAUAUGAGGCAAAUAAUCUGUGAAAAGAUCAAUCUACUAUAGCUGUCCCAAAAAACAUUUCCCGGUCUCAGUUAAAAACAACUAAUCAGAGCCAGGAGGAGGGUCUUAGCGCUGUCAAUCUAUCUCGUGUACGUUCUACUAAAUGUGAAGAAACAACUUACCAUUACAGGAAGACCGUUUAUCCACCGUCAUUGCCGUAAGGGGCCAUGCUAACUAGCCUUGGCAUCCACGGCAGCCUUCAUUGUGGUGAACCAGCUGUAGCAUAGCAGAAAGAAAGGGGGAGGAUGGUUGACAGCGCUAAGACCCUCCUCCUAGAUCUGAUUGGUUGUUUUUGACAGAGCUGUGUAUUUAUUCAAAUGAUAGAAAGUCUAAGGCGAGGGAGCUUGAUUUUUACAGAUUAUCUGCCUCACACCAUACUGUGAUAACAUAGUGAGAGUUUUAACAAGCAUGAGAAAAAAAAAAUAUUUUUGAUGAAAAUUAGACAGACAACUAGAUUAAAACUUCCUUGAUGGUACAAUAUACAAUGUCAGCCACUUACUGACCUUAAAAUGCCUUCACUUAUUGUUGCAGUAGCAUAAUCUCACACAGAAAAAUCUAGAAUUCUGGUGAAGUGUUUCUAUAUAAAAUUUUGCCAAGUGAAAUACUUAAAUAUUCUUUUACUUAAAAAAAAAAGUAUGUCUUCCACUUUAAAUACGUCUUCCCCCCCAAGGUUCCCAGGGUGUUGGGAAAAGUAGUCCCACAGCAUUACAGAUCCUUCACCGUACUUAUGGCAUGGUUGCUUUUCCUUUAAACUUUGAUUGACUUAAAUACAUUAAAUACAGAUUUCAAUUAUGCAAUGGUUACAUUUAUUGUAUAGAUAAUUGUUAGGGGAAGCAAUGAACGUGCCAGCAAAAAUUCAGUGCUAAAAAUGUAUGUUUUUGACAUGAGUUUUUUCUUUCUCCAAACGAAUUCCACUAAUGUGGAGAAAUUAAAGGUAGGAUUUUCCUACAUGUUUCAGCAUAACGUAGCGACGAAAGGGAGAUUUUUAUGGUAUUUUACGCAACUGUUCCAGGAGUGUCGAAAUAAGUGGUUGGCCCUGAAAGUCUGUGUCGCAAAAUGGUUAUUUCUCAUAUUUAAAAUACACGAGAAGCAAGUCACAGUGCCACUUUUGUGAUAAAAAAAAAACUAAAUAAAUAAACUAUAAAUGAAACCAGUCGACAUUUCUAAUCAAAUAUUUACUUUUGCCUGUUCCUCCGUGUCCCAGAACUCCAUUGUUAGCAGACUGUUAUGAAGUUACAAAAAUCAUGCAACAACAAAUGUGGCCACUCUUAUUUAUUCUCCAAUCCCUCUGCUGUAGUGCAUGAAAUGUGUACCGUUGCGCCACUGAAAAUAGUUCCCCGGGGUAACGCGCUGUAAUAAAUCCAUGUCUGGUCAACAUUUGUUGCCCGGCUGCCUUUAUCAGACCAGCGUAGUUGGCGGACAUUUGCGACUUCUUGUUUAGGAAAAGUGAAACGUAGCGCCCCGCGGCUGUAUUGACACCCCUGUUAAAGAUGUGUAAAAGAAAGAAAAGCAAAAAAAGCUUUAAUCCCUUUAUUACAUUUGAUCUGCUCAGACAGGAUUUAGCAUGCUGUUGUUGCAGCGUCAAAAGCAAACAGCAACGCUAAUCAACUGACAGACUGAAGUUGAUUUAAAGUGAAAGGUGAAAAGCCACACUUUUUCUGCUUUUAUUUUACAUUACGUAGACCACGAGAAAGUUAAACAAGUUGCUUUAUUGUAGUAUUUACAUACCAAAAAAGGGUUCUGAUUAAUGGUGACACACUCGCUGUGCGUUAAAAUAGCAUUCCUACCACUUCAUUUUUUUAAAAAUGCAAAUAUUAUGACAUUACAACCACAAACUUCAGAUUUUUGGGGAUGAAGAGACAAAAUGGAAGAAGAAGAUUUUCAUAGUUAUUUUUCUUUAGAAGCGAAAGCAAAUCUUAAAGGGGGAGAUUGCAAUUUUUUUGUAGCCUCAUUUAAGCUAAUACCCUGAAAUAAAGUCCAGUGAAAGCAUCUGUUUUCAGAAAUAGCAUGAUUAGUCAUUCUUACUCCAGCCGCCACGGGACUCCAGAGCAGUAAUUAACUGUGCUCCACUGCACAAAGCAACGUCCGUAAAGAGAGGCAUGAGGGAGUUUUGUGUGAAGGAAGUCGACUGGCCUUCAUGUUGCUCUGGCAUGAAGAUGAUGGAGCACAUCGACACACACACUGCUUGAUGUGUUUCAAGCAGUUUUAAACAUCAGAAUUAUUUUCUCCUUUCUGUUCUGUUCCGAUUUUUUUUUUUUUACUUUCACGUCAGUGUGAUUCGUUUUAAUUAGUAAUCCACGAGUCUCUGUUUCUCGGGCGUAAACAGAUGAUUGUUUCUCAAACGAAGUCUUCGAAAUGGAAAAGACAAGAAAACAUACCAUUAAAGUAAGGCAGACGGCUACAGUUAGAGCAACAAUAUUAUUUUUAAUCAACUUAUCUUCCCACCAUAGACAGUGCCUGUGUUUCCUUUGACCAUUCAAUUGCGCAAAUUGGAAUUGCGAAAAUAAAUUUGCUUAAUGGAAACACGGCAAUUUUUUUUUUUUUUAAAGUCACGUUCUUGCGCCAGGAUGAGGUGGUUUUUCGGCCGUAUCGAAAUCGGUGUGUUUUUCAAGACUGCAGUGGAAACGCUAUUUGUUUGUGUCGCACAAGUCACAUGAUCAACAACUACUGGCGGAAGAGACAAAGAAGACGACAGGAAGCGGUAGGAGGACGAUGGCGCAGCAUGUUUUUGAAUGACUUAUCGCGUUUUGUUAUUUAAUGGAAACACCGCAACAGCAAAAUUGUGUUUUUCCGCCAUGGUCAGAGUAUUGACAAUGUUUAGCACACUUUUAAAAUGGAAAUGCAGCCAGUCAGAGUGAUGGUCAGAGAAGUAAAAACAUCCAAAGCCAACUGUCAGAGAACUGCAUUGAUUAAAGCAAUAAAAUAAAAUAAUCUGCAUCCUUAUUAUGGUUGCUAAUAAAUUUGGCGGCAAGAGAGGACACUGUUUUUGAGAAAAUGUAAAAAUAGUUCAAGUCUCUUAAGCGAAAAUAAGAAUAUUUUUAAAAGAAUACCUACUAAAUAUUUGAAACCCGUGCAAGUUCUUGACAAAGUUUGACCUUCACACUUAAUUGGUUGGAACUCCAUCAACGCGUUCAUAGAAAUGAGCGAAGGACUUCCUCAGCUAAAGAUAAGGCUUCGUUAUCUCCUCCUUCGCUUCCUGUUCGGUUAAGCUGCUCUGUCCGCACAACCCCAACCACCGGCUGACGUCACUCUGAAAGACAGUCAGAGAAACACCUCCAGACUAAAGUCAGCGGAGGUUCUCUCUAUUAGAGAUAAUGAGUUCAUGGCUCAGUGAGCUGCAGGUUGAGAUGUCCUCUAAUCAUCAGUCUAGAUUUAUUCAUUCACACACAUUCAGGCUGGAUUUUAAUGCCGUCUUGCGCUGGGAGAAAAGCAGCCAUUUUGUGGCGACAGUCUUAUCCUGCCACCGCCAUCGGCCCCUCCCAACAACCAUCUCCUGUCCUCAUCCUCCUUCAUUCUUCCAUUUAUGACUUUACCCUCAUUCGUCGCUCUCCCUUCCUCUCUCAUAUACAUCGCUAACCGUCCUUUCUUGUUUCUCCCCUCUCGCCGCCCUGACUCUCAUUACAUCCACUCUCCGAGGUUAGCCGCCGCCGUCUCCCGCUCCACAUGAGCUCUUCGCUCUCUUGUUCCGGCCCCGGCCCACCGCCUACCCCUCGCUCCUCCGCUCGUUUGUCACCUCUGCGUCCUGGACUGGCUGGAAUGGCCACCUCACCUGGUGACAAAUGAGGAAUAACGGAGGGUGUAGAAAUCAAUGAAAAGGUUGAACCGAAUUGACCGUUUUUCACUACUCAUAAGCGCGUGCCUGUUAAUCAUUACUUUGAGCGACUUUCCUUUGCGAACGUAUUUGAGAUUCUGCUAGGCCUAUCAAUGUUAACACAUGGGAUUAAUCAAAACGUUUAAUGUGCCUAUUUAUCGCAUUACCUAUUUUGACCUAACAGCCACUCUCCGGCAGAGGAUUACUUAGUUCAAAAUAAGCGUGUCACACGGUCUUGUACUGCGGUCAACAAUUCAAAGUCAGAAACAUGAGUGAAAAGAUGAGCGAGGAGAGUCAGAUUGGUGUGCUCAGCCGCACAUUUUGCUUUAAAACAAACACUCUGGUUAGGAACAGAGAGUUUAUAGACCUCGUCUCAGGUUCGACUCCUGUCUUCGGUUUCUUUGACUUAAUUAAUCUGCCGCCUUCCUGCCAGAUUACUGUCAGACACAAGCCACGAGUGCAACAAAACUUCUUAAAUGAAAAACACCACAAUGGACGUUUGAGUAAAACCGAGCUAGUGUGUAGCCUACUUACUGCAAUGACAAAUUAUCUGAGGCACAACCAGUUUUUAGCUAACAUUUUUAAAUUAUGUUUGAAACAAAAUGGCUUAUUUGGAACCCCUCCUGAAUAUGAAAACCUGCAAAAGUAAAACAUUUUCUUAAAUAUUUUUUAUAUUCCGAGCUUAGAAAUUUAAGCAGUGAUUAAUCCACACAGUGCUAUUUUUCAAUCAAUCGACAGCAAUCGUUUUUGCCACCAGAUCCACAUGAAAAGCUUAUAGUGUUGCAAAAAAUAUCCACUUUUUACGACGCAAGUGUUCAGAUUUGUAAUGGUUGAAGGGUGCGCUUGUUGAGGAGAUGACAGAAGCGGGGCGCUGAGGCCGCCACGGCAGAUUUAAGCAACAACAGAUAAACGAGUCAAACGAGUCAAAUGGAUGUUGAGCUUUAUCCAAGCCCCCGCAGGUCUGGGGUCGGAGUCAGAGGUAGCCCUGUAAGAAGCUGUGAAGAUUUAAUGCCAUUGUUGUUGCUCCGUCUGUACAGGUGAAGCAGAUGAAAGCCAGAGGAAAGACUCCACUCAGCAAAUCUGGAGAUAUUUUUAAACCGCCCACCCUGCUUCCUCUUUCUGUUUUGUUUUUUUUUGUUGUUCACUGCCCUGCUUUCAAUAUGCAAUCGUGUGUGAAGUACAGAAUUGGAGGAGGGAUGGAUUUUUUUUUUCAACUGAAUGAACAUGCUGGAUUUUAUUCAGAGACAUCAGGAUAAAGAGCGUUGAAUAGUUACCUUGCACUUUACCUUGUGUUGAUUUUGAUGAUCAAAAUCGAAACACAUUGACGUUUGUGGUUGUAGUAGCGUGACAAAAGUGUAAAUCAUUUUGCCAGAUACUAUCUACUUUCUAAAUCAAAGUUUUUAAAUCCUCAAACCAUUUAAACAAGCAGCUUCCGGGUUCGUUGAAUCCCCGUUUUGAUCCACAUAGCUCCUGCUCUUAAGAACCCAGCCGGCACAAGCGCUUCUUAGUCAGUUUAGAGUAUUGAUCAGAAGCUUAAAUGUGCUAAUGAAUGUCAUAUGAAUGAGGGAGUUGUAUUGAUCUAUCUGGUAGGGACUGAUGACACAACAUAAAACUUUUUAGUUGUAGUUUUUUUAGGUCCUUGUGUGUUUCUGCCUGGAUAUUUGACCGCUCUUACUGGCAGAACGUAAAGAGUUUAGUUCCAUUCUCUGAUUCCCUGACCCAUAACCAGCUGUAAGGGAUAGCUAACACAUUUUAUACAUUCAGAUGCAUAUUAAAAACAAACAAACAUAUUUUUACAUUUAGAUACAUGUGUGACUUGAUACAGGUUAUCAUAAAAGGUACCUCUGUCUUUGAGCAUACCCCAAAUGGCCAUUUCUUUUGUUUAUACUCUUUAAUAAUUUGAUAAAUGAUCAUAAUACAUUGUACAUAAAGAAUAAACAUCCCCUAUUGGACUUGUUACUACAGAUUGGUUAAGAUCAAUAAAAUUUUAGCCAUUAAAGAAAGGAACUUGACUUAUUGGGCCCUUAUGGCUAAUUCUGUCUAAACAGGACAUUGUGGUUAAAAGGUGAGAGCUAAGAAAACUUUUUACAUAAAUACUUCUGUUCAUGUUAAAAUAAUUUUGGUUGAGGUUUUAGUUGAGAUGAUCCAAUAGCCCAACCAAAUCUGACUCUCUGUACCUUUGUUUAGGCAAAAUUUGGGCCAAACAUAUGAUCUACAAAAAUAUAUAUUUUAAUCUGAGCUGGCUAAAACAGAUUGACCAGCCUGGACAGCUCCAUAGAAAAUCCUGUCCUUGGAUGCCAAGUGUGUGCAGGAGGCUGAAGAACUUCAUUCGCGUGCCGACGAUAACUUUUUCAUUUUGUUUCUUGAUCUAUCUCAGGAGACACGUUCUUAACACCCACAUCGAGUGACCUUUCCGAGUGCCACAAUCAAUCUGACGUAGAGGGCGAUAAAAGCACAAACGUGCCUGGUGACUGUAAUGCUAUUGAGCCUGAAGCGGUACAUUUCCUGUACCGGUCUAAUCCAAGCACACAAACACACACACGCUUAAACACUGCGCUCAUCCACCAACUACAUUCCGUAUGCUGGCUGCAGUCCAAAGGGGCCCAUUUGAGGAGGUGGCAGAAGGCAGGUCUGGCCUAGACUGCUCAGUCACUGUCUGUCUCAAGCUACAGGAGGUGGUUGAACAGCUGCUCAAGGUGAGCAUGCAGUCAAACGUGAAAAUAUGGAGCUCAACACUGGAGGAGACCAAAGAAGAGACAGAGAGAGAGAGAGAGAGAGAAAGACGCAAAACUCAAAAGAGUAUUCUCGAAUUCAAAUUGUCACAGGCGCAGAGCGUCAAAGGAAAUCGUUGCACCCAGUGACUGUGUGAAGUUUGAGUGCUAACAUGUCUGGCGUGAUAUUAAGGUGCCGUCCUAUGAGGGAUUCAAUGACAGAAACCAUUCCAGGAAAAGGAAAUUAGCAUGAUAAAGUAAGUCAUUCUGCUCGUCUAAUUGUAUUGGACUAAUUGUAAUUCAUUGCUCUGCUUUACGUCCAUUAAUGCUCUGCUCCAGGAGACUUACUCUCUGUUACAUCUUUCCUAAGUGAGAUGUUUGUAUGGAUGUAUGAAAAGCCUCAGUACGGCUACAAUGUGAUUUAACUAAUCUCAUGUUCCUGUAAUACAGCGAAGGCUCCCGCAUACUCUGGCGUACUCUGAUCUCUCUUUGAGCCGCGCAGACUCCGUUCACCCCGUCUGCGGACGGUUGAGAUUUCAUAGGUGAGCGUACAGAUUGCCUACAUUUCCCACAAUCCAAAUGGAUACUAGCAAGUAUGACGGGCUGGUUGGGUGCCUAGCCUCAUUUCUAGCCUUCACACACCUAUUAGUGUGGCACAAAGUGGCAGUCUGGCUGAUGCAUGUCCUUGCAGCUGCUUGUGCCAACCCUCAACCUAAUCAGAUUGGUGUCGCAUACAAAACAGUUCGAUGUGAACACCAUUUCCUGCAAUUUGCUGUGCGUCCACAAGUACACGUAUGGAGUUAUAAAACUGUACCUUUCCGGUACCUUGGCGUUCUCAAAGUGAUGCACGCUCAGUUUGCGAGAGCCUUUUAGUCCUAAUAAUACCCCCAAAAAACUUUGUAACCCCAGUUCCUUUAAGUCAAACUUAAGUUUACAUUAUUUUGUUUACCAACUGAGGCCUACAAGAUGGCUAAAUCCCCCCCUUCCCCCACGUAUGCCAACACUGUAGAUGACAGAAUGAGCAAAUGUCAAGAACUUUGGAUAAUCCCAUCAAGGCCCUACAUAGUAUAGCAAAGACGGAGGCCUUUUACUUACAGCAUAUAUUUGUACUUUCAGUUUAAGCAAAUAACCAAGAAGCAUGGAUUUAUAUCUGAAUAACAGAGUCUGUGUUUUAUGUACAAUCACAACGUCUGUGUUGACAUUUUGAUGUUCAUGGGAUAAAACCUGUUCAUGAGGGCUAGCAUGACUCUGCUAUCAUUCACACCCCAAGGUAUACAUAUGA